AUGAAAUACUUAAAAGAAAAAUUAUAUUCAGGAAAUCAAGAAAAUUGUAUAAAUAUUUUUUUUGAAAAUUAUAGUAAUGUUACAAAAAAUAAUAAUAAUAUUCUUAUCAAAUCAAAUAAUGUAGAAUUUUAUAACAUAAAAUUGGAUGAAAUUUAUAUAAUUGAAAAUGAAACAAUUAUAAAGAAAUUUUUUAUUAUUGAUGAAAAAUAUUUUCAAUUAAAUGAAAUUAAAAAUAUUGAAACAAUAUUAAACAUUGAAAAAGAUGGAUUAAUUGAAAUUAAUAAAAAUUAUUGUAAAAUAUUAAAUCCAAUAUAUUUAGAUAAAUUAUUAAUUAUUUUGAUGUUGUCAAAUUGUAUUCCUGUUAUGAAUGAAAAAUGGUCAUUAGAAUUAUUAUUAAUUGAUAAUGAAUUUAAAUGGUCAAAAGCAUUAGUAAUACUAGAUGAUAUUGAUUUUUUAAAUCCAUAUUAUUUUGAUAAUCGUCCAUUGUCUAAUUAUAAUAUUAAAGAAAAAAUUAGAUAUGGUAAAAAACUUCUUUCAUGGAAUUUUAAAAUUUUAACACCAAUUGUUAGUAAUAUGCUAACAUUUUUUGAAAAAAGAUAUACAGGUAAUAUUAUUAACAAAAUUGUAGAAACACAAACUUUAUAUGAUGAAGAUGAAGAAUUAUUUAAAAAUGAACGUUUGAAACCAAUGUUAGAUGAAAAAUUUACAAUAAUAAUGACUACAUAUAAAAGAAUUCCAGGAUUAAAUUAUUCUUUAUCACAAUUUAAUAAUAUCACAGAUGUUGAUAAAAUAAUAGUAAUAUGGAAUGAUCUUGAUUUAUCAAGUUUACCCAAAAAAAAAUUUUGGAAUAAAAGUGUAGCACCUGUAUUUUUUGUAAAACCAAAUGCAAAUUCAUUGAAUAAUAAAUUUCUUCCAUAUGAUAUUAUAAAAACAGAUUCAAUUUUAAUUUUAGAUGAUGAUCAAAUAUUAACUAAAUCACUUUUAUAUAAUCUUUUCAAUGUAUGGAAGUUUAAUAGAGAUGUUCUAGUUGGAUAUUAUAAAAGAUUAACAGGAAAUGGUCCAGGUAAUGCUUAUUUUGCUAGUAAAUUAAAAGAAUUUGAUCUUAUAUUGACAAGUUUAUCUUUUGUUGAUAGAAAAUAUUUAUACUAUUAUACGUAUAAUUUUCCUUUUAAAUUUAAAAAAAGAAUUGAUAAUUUAACAAAUUGUGAAGAUAUUUCAAUGAAUUAUUUAGUUGCAAUGUAUAGUGAUAAACCAAAUAUAGCAUUUACAAGUGGACCUGAUUUAUCUAAGUGUAGAAAUUGUACUUUUACUGGAUUAUCUACAAAAUCUGAUCAUUAUAAAAUAAGAUCAGAUUGUGUGCUUAAAUUAAAUGAAAUAUUUGGACUAAAUCCUAUGAUAAGAAAUAAAUUUUAUGCAAAAGAAAUUAAUACUUGA